CAUCAUCAUGCCACGAAAACAAGAGCAAACUUCCAGCAGUCUGUUCAAACCAGUCUCAUUCACCACCCAGAGUACCCACAAUCCCCCAACCACCACAAUGGCCACCCUCGCACCCCAACUCCAAGAAAUCACCCAAAACUUCACCGCCAACGCCCCCGAGCCGGUUCAGAGCACCAUCAACGCCGCUCGCGCUGGAGUCGAGGCCAAAUUCACCACCCCUCCUGACAUCAUCAAAGUCAAUUCCCCCUUCCCAUCCUUCACUCUCCCAAACGCAACCGGAACUCCAACCUCCAGCGCAGCCCUUCUCUCCAAAGGCCCGCUGCUCGUAACAUUCUACCGCGGGUCAUGGUGUCCGUACUGCAACAUCGCGCUACGCGCGCUGCAGAACCGUCUGAGCGAGAUCCGUGCCAAAGGCGUCGAGCUCGUGGCGAUUUCGCCGAUGCUUGCCGAUGCGUCGCUAUCCAUGCAGGAGAAGAAUGAGUUGGGGUUUGAGGUAUUGUCGGACGUUGGGAAUGGGCUGGCGAGGGAGUUGGGGAUUGUUUGGAAGCAGCCGGAUGAGAUCAAGUCUAUUCAUAAGCACUUUGGAUUUGAUCUGGGCAAACUCAAUGGAGAUGCGUCGAACGAGGUUCCGGUGCCUGCUACCUUUCUCAUUGGCCAGGAUGGUUUGGUGAAGAAUGCGUACUUUGAGGCUGAUUAUACUCAGCGGAUUGAGCCGGAUCUUGUGAUUGAGUGGUUGCAGAAUCUGUGA